CGCCCAGCGCUGUGUCUCCGCCGCCGCCGCCGCCGCUUCGCCGCUCGCCGCCCGCCGCCGGGCGGGGCCGUGCCGGGGCGGGGCGGGGCCGCGGGGGUGCGGCAGCCCCGGGCUCGGCGCGGCGGGGGGGGGCGGCGGGGCCGCCGGGUGAAGGGCAGCGCCGGCGAUGGGCGCUAUGGGCUGAUUGGGGAAGAUGGAAAGAGGGAGAGGAGGAGGAGGAGGAGGCGGAGGAGGAGGAGGAAGGAACCUGGGGGGCUCCGGCUUGCACAGGAGCGUGUACUCCCAGUCCCAGCAGCAGUACCAUUACCCGGCCCCCUCGCAGGGGGGCUGCAUGGAGAUCCAGGAGCUGGCCUCCAAGAGGGUGGACAUCCAGAAGAAGCGGUUUUACCUGGACGUGAAGCAGAGCUCCCGGGGCCGCUUCCUGAAGAUCGCGGAGGUGUGGAUAGGGCGAGGCCGGCAGGACAACAUCAGGAAAAGCAAGCUGACCCUCUCCCUGUCGGUGGCCGCCGAGCUGAAGGACUGCCUGGGGGACUUCAUCGAGCACUACGCCCACCUGGGCCUGAAGGGCGGCCACAGGCACGAGCACAGCAAUGGCAAGGAGCAGCACUCGAGGCGGCGCCAGCAGCACCCGCCGCCCUCGCCCCCGGGGUCGGUGGGCUCGGAAGAGCCCCCGCACAGCGUCCUCAAAACGGAGUACAUCGAGAGGGACAACAGGAAGUAUUACCUCGACCUGAAGGAGAACCAGCGGGGGCGCUUCUUGCGGAUUAGGCAAACCAUGAGCAGGGGACCGGGCAUGAUCGGUUAUUUCGGCCACGGCCUGGGACAGGAGCAGACUAUUGUCCUCCCGGCGCAAGGGAUGAUUGAGUUCAGGGAUGCUUUGGUCCAGCUGAUUGAAGAGUACGGCGAGGGGGACAUCGACGAGCGCAGGGGCGGGGGCGACGACCCCCCCGAGCUCCCCGAGGGCACCUCGUUCCGGGUGGACAACAAACGGUUCUACUUUGAUGUGGGAUCCAACAGGUACGGCAUCUUUCUGAAGGUAAGUGAGGUGAGGCCGCCCUACCGUAACACCAUCACGGUCCCGUACAAAGCAUGGACAAGGUUUGGGGAAAAUUUUAUCAAGUACGAAGAGGAGAUGAGGAGAAUUUACAACAGCCAUAAAGAAAAGAGGAUGGAUGUCAGAGGGGACAGUGGUGAAGAGCAAGAGGGUCUCGAAUAGAGUGCAUUGGACUGGCCGUCUGGCAAAAUAAACAAAACAAAAAGCAGAAAUUGGCGAGAGGGACGGAUCUGUAGUCAUUUGAAGUUGCCCCGUUGUUUUGUAAAGCCCUUUCCGGUAGCUCGUACUAACUCCAGUACAUAAUAUUGCGGGAGUCUGGUUAUCGUGCUAAAUUACGCCCAAAACAUCUCUGUAUUUCUCAUGAAAGUAACAACCUCCCGAGUCUGUAUGAGUCAGCUUCUUCAAGUGUGGAAGACUAUGGAAGUAUGCGUAUCAGCACAAAAAAAAAAAAAAAAAAAAACGGCAUUCUGACCUUUAAAUAGUCUAGAUAAGGCUUGUAUUGCACUUCAGCAUGGUACAAAAAAAAACACAACACCCUCAUGCUGAAAUGUAUCAGUUUCUGCUUAUGACAGGUUUUCUGGAACUGAGUUCUGUCUGGACUCAGUCUAAAGGCUGAGCAGCUUAGCUACAGGGCACCUCGUACAAAAAACAACCCCCUUUUAAUUGCUCAUACAUGUAUGAGGAGAGGUAGACGUUUGAAAAUUGGGACCUGCAGGUUGCUGAGUUUGAAAGGAUAUGGGUGAAAUCUCGAUAACCGGUCAGACCUUUAUGAUGUGCUGGUGGAGAGCGGAAGAUAUGUCCAUAACCUCAUAGUCCUGUGCUAACCGAGUGACCCGAGUAUCCCAGGACAGCGAAGCUGUGCUCGAGUGCUAAGCCUUCCGAAUUAACGGCAACGAGUAAUAACCCACUCUUCAUCUACGUGCUCUGCCCACGCGAGGCUGAUGAUUUUUUUUUUUUUUUAACGCGUUUCUCAAAAUUUUGAGAGCUAUUUUUGUAUGCGGGGUGUUGUGGGUUCCAGCAGGCGGCUGCGGAGCGGGUUUUCUGAGGCUGGAUGGCUGCUGUGAUCGAGGUUCCAGGGUUCCCUCCCAAAAGUGAGAUUAACGCAGUCGGUGUUACACGCACGAGGACGACAGCUGGGCGUUUCUCUCCUCCUGCCGAGAGAAAGGCCUUUGGGGGGUUUGGUGCACCGCUUGAUUCCUAUAAAAAUGCAUCUCUGUCAUAUUGAUCUGUAGCGCGUUUUCAAAGCCGUGGUUAAGGCUGCGUCAGGUUUUCUGUCAGGUCGGUUUUGCAGAUGUUAUUACCGUAAGAUAAUACCCGUGCCCUCGUGUCACCCCCUUCCCACCCCGUGUCACCGCUGGGGCAAUUCGGUGUCUGGCUGCUCACCUUGCAGCACAAAGUCCUACUGGUGGCCCUGUGGCCUGACCCUUGCAGUCCCUGCAAGAGUACUCCUCUGCCUGGAGGGAAAGUGCGCAGAGUUACCACUUUAGCAGGCUUGAAGAAAGACUUUGAAAAUUCUUGGUCAUUUCUUCAAAACACGUGUAACUUUGGGGUCGUUUUCAGCCCUUUGGUGACCAGUUCCUUCCCUCCUGAAGGCAGUGGGCGUUUGGUUGAGCUCCAGGUCCUUUAAAUUGCCCACCUUUAAGGUUUUUUUGAAGAAUGCGUCGCUCUGUCUAGUCAGAUAUUUGUAAUCGUUUGAAUUGUUUUUUUUGCAGAGUGGCCUAGUGUGCAUGUGGGCCAGCUGUUUUCCAACCCAACUAUUCUUUUUUUUUUUUUUUUUUAGUUUGUUCAGAAAGGUAUUUAUCUGCAACCAGACCGUUUUCACUCUUCGUCUGGACCCACCUGCACGCUGCAUGGCUGCGCUAAAUCCAAAAGCUACUGCCUGUUACGACAUUAACCAUAGCAAGAAAAGCUGGGGAGGUGGGGGUGGGAACUAAGAGGAUAAUCUGGACUUUAGUUUGGGUACUAACGAUAGUUGAUCUGUUUUAACUUUAAAAAAAAAAAAAAGGAAAAAAAGAAAAAAAAAAAAAAAGCUUGCACCAAAGUCACCAAAGAACCUUUAGGAAAUGUUACAGUUGUGACAGGAAGUAAGAAAGUUAAUUUCACUGUUUUAGGUGAUUCCCCCUGUACGUAAACUACAUAUUGCAGUUACAGCAAGCAAACAUUUGGCUUAGUGUCACAGUGACCAUCCGUUUCUGCACAGAUUGCUCUUUCAGGCACUUUUUCAAGUCUGUAAGGGAUUUUCUCAUUCCACCACUGGAACUGCUAGUGGACCACGAUGAACCAGCUGGAGGCGGUGCGGGGUGCUGGUUCAUCUUUGCUUUUAGGGUUUUGCUCACAAUGUUUUUAACAGGCCCAUUAAAAAAAAAAAAAAAAUUACAAUAACUUCAUGUCCUAGUGUUGGUGUGAAACCAGAAUUUAGCAAAAGAGUCACGGAUGCGCAAGCGAGCGCAUCCCUGGCUGCUGCUGCCCGUCACAGUGCCUGGAGUAAGGAGGAACUUGCCGCAGGUUGCAGCCACCUGGAGCUAUGAAUGUACAACCCUUUUACGCUCACCUUCCCCUGCCCGUGUGGCAUUCCUCCCCUACGUGCUUGACAUCUUCCAGCCCGCGCCCCCGUUUGCCUCCACGCAUCGCGAAAGCUCCUGUGUUGGAAUCUGCCUCGGUUAGGUGUGUGUUGUAGAUGGUCCUGCAUUCCUUCUGUUCCUUUACUGUUAGUGAGGAGAAGAGUCGCAACGGGCAAAGCGAUUGAAAAGGCCUGUUUUCUUCACUGUUAAACAAAAAAAAAAAAGGCAAGAUGCAAAAUGGCUUUCCUUAUUGCUGCCCACUUGGCACUUUGACGAAAGGGUAACUAAGUGCAGCUGGCUGCAUCUUAGUUAGGCUGGUAUCAGCGUGUGUUUAAACCAUUCUUUUUUUAAACCUUUUUCCUGUGUUAAUUAAUUGGCCUUCUGAUUGCAUUAGUGUAUUGUGAAUAGCACCCAGGAACUCGGUGCCUGCUGGCUGUGGGGCAGGGCUGGGUCCCAUGGGAUUCACUAAUGCAUGUACUCCCCGCGCGGGAUGCACCUUAGUAUCCGAAACUGGAUCGGGAUCUCCAAGUUCACAGCCGACUACCAAUGGGUAAACCACUAACGACAGGUUUCCACGGAAAUGUAUAGCACUGAUCCUUGCAGAUAUUGUCAUUGGAGGAUAAUACAGACUAACUCAAAAUGUAGCAAUGCAAGGUUGUACCGGUCAGAUUUGGAAACGGGUUCCUCAUUAUUUUUGGCAGUGCGCUUUCGACCUCCAAGAGCAGCGGUAAUGUAGGCUGCUUGUGCGCCGAAGGGCCCAUUGCAGUGCUGGGAAUGCUGAGUUCCUCAUGCAUUUGAAGUGCUCGUGCUCUGUGCCCUAAAACUGCCAUGUCCCUUAAACUUGAGAAAACACAAGCUUAUUUGCACUAGAAAGAACGGCCAAAAACAAUUCUAGGAGGACAGGGUGAAGAGCACCAGUCUGCACCUCUUUUCUCACAAGAGAAUUUCCUAUGAAAGCCCUCACCUCUGUUUCAAAAUUGUGUGGUCCGGGCAGAAAGUCUGUCAGUUCAAUAACGAAAUCCUAAUGCACUUUAUAUUGUGUAAAUACUAGGGGCACGUCUCUGCCACUGGCCUGGCAGGGGGUGCUUCGGCAGCGUAGUCUGAUUCUGGAAGGGGUCGCACCCCACAUGCCUGUGUCUAGGACAGACCUGUUGUACUCGCUUGGCCCAGCUCCGUUCCCGUUCCCGUGUUAGAGGGACAGGCACGGCGGUGUGAACCCUCCCGGCCCCUCGAGGCGGGACGUUGAGGUGCAGUUUGCAGAGCUCCAGAGCAUCCUCAGCUGGUGGUGGCCCCGCUGCUUGCUGCGGCUCCCUGGCGGCUCUGAACCUGGCCCUGAACGUUGAUGCCAAGGCUUAAAAAAAGGAGCUUUUCAUGGAGAUAGUUUUACAAAGCCGAGUUGUCGUGCUUGGCUUUCCCCUCCAUCAGAGCAGACACUCGUGCUGUCCCUCACGGGUUUGUUUUGGGUGGAAGGGGCUGCGGGGGCUUCCCCUGCACCGCUGGCCUCAGCCCGCGGCCUUUCUCGGUGAAGGACUAGCAGGCGAGCGUGCUGGCCCGGAGGCUGGAAGACUUUCUGUGGCCAGGUUCCCUGUGUGGCACUACAGAGGAGGUGACAAAAACCCAGGCAGCCGGCCCAGCCUCCCUGCAUCACCUCUCGUGAACUUGGCCCUGAGAGAGGCAGCGGUGGCGGCAAUCUGCUCUUCGUCGUGUUCCUUAUAUGUAUCCGAUAUAUAAAAGUUCAUAUUCACGUGUAGGCAUUAAUAUAUUUAUGUGAGUAUAUCCUAGCCUGUAGUAGCUCGUAGCGAAAUAAUCUAUUUAUCUGAAGUACACAGACUAAAAAGAUGGGGCUCAAGAGGCAGUGUCUCCUACUAGCGGUUUGGAUAAACGCGUUAUUUCACUGAGAGCUCUUUGCUGCUUAUCACGGCCCUUUUAAGGUUUCUGCUCUUAAGCACUCAUCUCAUCUCUUAGGUUUCCAGCAAGGCUGCAAGGGGAAACGUAGGCUGAAGGAGGCAAAACUCUUCCUGCGAGGCCUUGUGCAGGCAGAGCAAGGGCUGCGGGUAACAGCCAGCUGCUGCGCUGCGGGCCACGUCGCGCCAUUUUAAAACCCACCGCAAACCAUUAUCAUCAUCGUGUUCAUAAAAUAGGCCCUUGGAAGUACUCAAAAACUGUCCCUUAUACGACUCAAAAAACACCAAGCAAUUACCAAAAUCAGCUUUGGCAUCUGUUUUUUUUCCUGAUGUCAUCUAAUGGUGGUGCCAUUUGUCUCCCGUGGCCUGUUGGGGUGAGCUGAGCUCGUGGGGAAGGUGUCUGGUAGUCGCUAGGAAGCCUGCUGCUGGCUAGACUUGCAGCCCUUUUAGCCAAGUGUAGUAGUUUUUCUAGCAGAAAAGGGGUUAUUAGCGUGUAUUUUUAUUGUGCGGACUUUGCACCCUGUGAAAAAUUAAUUAAUAAGCAGGUUUUAGUUUCAUUGCAUUCAUACUUUUUGCUGUACAUAAGGUAUAUAUAUACAAUUUAUAAAGUAAUUCUUAAAGAAAAGUGUACUUUCCAUUUAAUUUUCUAUGCUAUUUCCUCCAAAAUUAAAAUGUCCUUUAUUUUUAAUUAUUUAACAAGUUGUGUUGUCUAAAAUCUGCCUUUCCCCUCUUGCCCGUCCACUUCUUUUAAACAAAGCUUGUAUCUGAGAUGCCUGCUUUACCCAAGUAAGACUGGAAGUAAAGGCUCCACUGACCAUAGCACAAGCUCCUUGCUUUUUAGUCCUCUGUACGGAUGCUUUCGGCAGAAAUCUUGCAAAUAUCAUAGUGGCAGAGCUACAUGCACAUGGUAGUGAGUACAUCCAGCACCCGGACCACUGCGGGCCUGGUAUGCUUUCCUAGCUGUGGGCUGGGACGUGGGGCUGUGUCCCCUUGGACAAGGACAGUGGCUGAGGCCUGAAGUGUCCCCAGGCUGAAGCUGUGCUCCUUGUCACCUGUGCACGUGGCGUCUCCUCAUGGUUUCUCUGCCGAUAGGGCUGCAGGGCAUCGUCUCCGUUCAGCAGUGGCUUUGUCUCCUGUACAUUAUUCACGCUACCAUUAGUGAUGUCUUUUGUCGACCCCACUGUCCUGGUGUUUUCAUCCAGAGCCAUGAAAUUUCCAUUGCGUGGCUGCAAAACCAAGCAGGUGGGAGUAGCUGGAGAAGCAAGACAUGCUUUGCUCUCCUUUGUGGGAGUCCAACAUGAGGCCCACAUGGGGCCUGGUUCUCAUGAAGCUUUGCAGCUUCCCUCUGUGCCCGAGACGCUUGUAGCUUCUUAUCUCUCGGCCUGCCACGGCUGUGCACACACAGCAGUGGGCAUUUGUGGUAGUUCGGCCUUGCCUAAAAACAGCUGAAAUCUGUAGGAUAACAGGAAAGCAGUCCUGACAGGGUACGAGGUGCUUCUGGGCUUGGGCAUUUUGGAAAAAAACAAACACCUGAAGCCACAUCUGCUGCUGUUGUUUCUCCAAAAUCCACAGAAGCUUUAAUCAGCUGACGCCAAUUUUUACACGAUAAUCCUGGUGCUACCAGUUGUCACUGUAAUGGAGUUGUUCUUCCUGAUAUUUUGGCAUACCCGUGCCGGGUUCCCCACCUGUAUCUCCACAAAGGCAACGCUAUUUUCAAGCAUCGUGUUGAAAUCAGAUGCUGGGAGCUCCCCGGGGUGCCGUCGGUGGGUACGGAGAGCUGGGAGGGUUCCCGAGGGUUGCAGGCAGCGUGCAGAGCUCGGCGGCGCAUUUCCACCACCGUGCCCCUAACGAGAUGUGGCAGGGGAACAAAUGGCAGGAAUUAUCAGGUAGCUUUUCUUGCUGGCGCUUCGGGAGAAGCCAGGCCUCUGGCUUCUUCCGCAGAGAAAUCUUAGGUCUUUUUUCUUUCUUUCUUUAAUAACGUUAAUGAAAGUCAUAGGAGGCAUUGAUUAAGAAUUGGUUUUCUAGAAAUGUCAAAGCAUGUGCCAAGGUUUCAGGCCUUGGCCGGCGUGUUGGCAUUUCUGCGAUGAGUGUGGUUAGGUUGUUCCUGCCGCCUGUCGAGGUGCCCUGCGAAACGUAAACCCGCAGCCUCGGGGGGCCUUCUCUUGCCAUUAACUUCUAGAAAUCCAUACGCUGGUGUUACAUUCUGGUAUUUCUGCGUGUGCUGUGCGUGUUUUGUGUUUGUACCGUCUCCAGCAGUACUGACCCCAUGUCGAGGCGCCUGGCUGCCACCCCAACGAAGCUCUCACUAAUGACUUUCUGCUCAUCUCCCUGCUCGACAGGCUACCUUGAAAUGCUUCACCCGGCACGUGGAAAUCACUAGCUCUUUAGAAAGUGGCUGCUGUAAAUUCUUUACAGAGACCUACACUGCCUUUCAGGUGUUCAGCCCUGUGCUACGCACUGGUAUUGAACAGGAAGGAGCAACAGCUCCUGCAUCCGAGCUCUUGGGCAGAGAUGUGCUAGUUAGAUAGGUUGCUCAGACACUGCAGGGCAAGGCCCUCCCGCAGGCAGAAGGACUCUGUGUCUAGCUGUUUUAUAAUCUUGAUAAUUUGCCCUGCACAGAUUUAAUUUGAGGAAACGAUCACCCUUCAUGGCAGCUGCUGGAAGACAGUGGGAGCUAAGGCUCUCUGCCUAGCCCCACCAGGCGCAGUGCUGAUACAACAUCUGUGAGUUUAUAUACGUGACACACUGUUUAACAUAGAGGCAAGGGAGAGGUGAGUGUUUUAUAUAUAUAUAUAUAUAUAUAUGCAUAAAUAUAUAAAAUAGUAUUUUUUUCCUGUUUCCAAUAGGUCCUUCACUUUUGGUACGUUAAAACUUUAGCUGUCGUCUGUUCUGUUAUCAGUAUCCGAUAUGUUCAACAUGCAAUACAAGCAGGGAGAUAGAUUUCGCAAGCAAUAUCAGCAUAACACACUCUUAACGGUAGAUCUUUACACUACAAAUUGCAUGCAAUAGAAUCUCCAUUUCGGAACAGCAGAGAUGAUGUGGGAUAAAAGGCACGGGUUAACCUCAGGCUCCUGCAAGUAUUCCCAUCUGGUCGUUGUUCUCAGCACAUUUUGUUGGCAAGAAGCAGCAGGAGAGGGGGAGUGAGAGCAGAGACGAGCGCUUCCCACCAAGGUAGAGGAAUGAGUAGGCAGGAGGGGGUGGAGGGAAGCAAGGACAGGAUUCGUGCUCUGGGGAGUCACAGAGCACGACGAGUGCUGCCUGCAGUAGGGGAAGAGGUGGCACUGCCAGUGCCUGUGUUCCUGCAGCGACUCGGGGAGAGGCAGGGAGCCCAAGCCCUGUCUCUGCUCUCAGGGGCCAGGCUGGGUCUUCUUGGCCCUGUCUCGCUCCUCUUUGGGCACAUCUGUCCAGCAGUAACAGCCUGCCACUGGGUCACCUGCCAGCCCAAGACCAUGCAGCACUGUGGACUUGAAGCGCUGAGUCUCACCGACAGACCCCAUCAGGGCCAAGCGGAUCCAGCUGAGGACAUUGCUGCUUUCCCAGUUUGCAGACUCAGGUAACUUCAUUUUUACCAUGCUGGAGGGAGCCUGGGCUCGGCCAGGAGUACAUGCAGAAGCGUAGGGGAACAGACAGGCGUUGGUUGCCUGCAAAGGUUGCUCGUGCCAUCUCAGUUUUUGCAGCAUCGCGUGUGCUUUUCUCGCUGCAGGAGCCAGCGGGAGCUGUGUGAGGGAGCGUGGUGCUGCCUUUAGGGCUUGUUCACGCUGCCUAAGAAAGGUGCGGGGAAGGUUGGAGGGAACAAGAGGGAAAGAAAGGACGGCCCUGUUGAGAAAGCAGCUUUCCAGAAACGCGUUCUGCUCCAUCUUUGUGAAAGGGUUUGUGUCAUUUUUAGCAAGGCUCUUUGCAGGUGAUUGCCACCGGUGUAGACUUUCUGUUCCCAGACACUGCUGUAGGUACUCGGAGGUCUGCUCUACAGGAGCAGGCAGUGUUUGUGGCUGUUGAGAGCUGUGCUUUGAACAAGUGACGUGCUGCAAUAACUGCAGGUACUCCGCAAAAUCUAUCAGCAUCGCAAGCUGGGCCUCCCAGUAGCGAGACUGGGUAGCUUCGGCUUUAUUCUGCCUGUGCCUGUAUUCCCCACUGAUAAAACGGAGUGAACGAUACCUCCCUACCUCACCAGGGUAUGAGAAAGUUGAGUUCAUUUGGCAUUGCAUUUUUGUGGUCAAUAGUGAUGAUCUCCAAAAGCAAAGUAAGACGAAAUUCUGGGUGCAACACACUGCAUAGAUACCUCUGCGGUGUUUGGAAGAUGCACAUAGGUAAGGCUUGGGGUACAUACAGAACAGUGAAUCAAAAAUAAAUCCAUAAUCUAGAGGAGAAGGGACAGUCGUAAGAGAUUGCAGAUUUAAACUCUCUAUGCACAUGUCCGAAGGUCAGAAUUAAGGUUAUUCAGAAAAUCCUUAAUUCUGGCACUUCCUGACUUUUGCUCAGUUUUCCAACUUUUUUUUUUCUCUGCUGUUUUGUAUGAAACUACACUGGUAUACUGUCUUCUUGCAAAAGACACUUGGGUGUUAAAUAGAUUUGGGUUUUUUUUUGGUCCCGAAUGGCAUCAACCUGACGUUAAGCUUCAAUUUUGCUGUUGUGGGGCUGCCUCUGAUGGUAUGUUUCAGGGUCUACACAACAAAAACCACCUGUAUUUCUUCCAAGUUAAACAAUGUGGAAAAAUCUGCUCUCUUAAACUUCCAGUGCUGGAUAUUCACCAUCUUCCCUAGACAUGGUUUCCAUGGUUCACCCUGCUUGCUCUUAGAUACUUUCCCUCCUGUCUAGCCUGUGUUUCCUGUGCUACCAUCUUCCUCUGUCCCUGUCUGUCUUACAGGCCACAUUCUCAAGAAGAGUUAUGGAAGCAGUUCAUUCCCUUCCUUGCUUGCAGCUCUUUUACAUAGUUAAAGACUUGUCCGGUCUCUUUUGCAUCCUCUUCUAAGCACAUUCAGAGCCUUCCACCAAGGGUAGUUUGUAGCCCUCAUCGUAUUUUUGCUGCUUUCUCUAAACUCCUUCUGAUCAGUCUGUCUUUCUUCAACCCAGAAUUAGAGAAUCCAAAAUCAGGAGAAAUACACGUGCUGCCGUCUUACCAGCCUCGAGCAGAAGGAGCACAAACAAUUUAAGGUUUUAUACACCCAGCAUGCUGGGUUUUGCAACAACAUACUUGCUGACUCGAGCCCUGUUUGUAAGUCUGCAUCCUCCCAGGUCGCAGAGCUAAGACAAAAGCACUCAUUUCUCACCCUUCAUCUGUACAGAAGCUUUUUUUCUGAUGUAACACUGAAGCUUGCAUUUGCCUUGACCAAGUUGCAUCUCGUUUCUUUUCAGAUUAUUUCAUGACCUUGUCAAGAUCAGUUUCAGUUCUAAUCCCAUUCCUCCUGGAGCUCACGGUCCUUCCCAGGGACGCACCGUUUGCAGGUUAACUGGUUCUUACCCAUCAUCAAAUCAUUCAUCCACAUGUGGAAGAGAGCAGUACAUAGGGCAGGCAGAACUCAUCGGGACCUCUCUUGAUACAUCCCACCAGAUUGACUGUGUUACUAAUUAAACAGGCUAAUUGUAGAAAUCAUAACCUGCUCCUCCUCGAGGCUGUGAUUUUUUCCAUCUGCUGACUUUUGUUUCUCCCUGCUUUUUCUGAGCCUGAGCAGGCUAUACAGAGUCUAAACAGUAGUUCUUGCCCUUCUUUAAUAGCCCUAGAAAAUCCAGACUAUUAAGAUACUACAGUACACAUUUUCCACAAAGCCUUGCAGUAUCAAUCUUUUUUUUUUUUUGUGCAUGGUAGGGUGGCAGAACACCAGCUAACAUUCAUGCCUUUGCUUAUUUCUGAAUAGGACAUAGAAAAAAUAGCCCAUCAACAGGCCUCCUCCUAAAUGUAAAAGUUAUUUUCAUUGACACCCUCCCCACCUUCACAAUAUUUAUAUUUGGAUUGCUUCGGUGGUCACGAGCUCAAGAUAUGUUCCUGUCUGUAGGCUUUCUCUGUAGGCACCCACAGGCUUGGGUUAACCAGGAGUACGUGAGGGAGAGGAAAAAAUGUGUUCCUGCAAACCAGCCUCAGAAGCUGCCCGUGGUCUAACUGUCAGGAGAAAUGAUACUGAAUAAACUGGGGUACUCUAGGUGUAAGGGUCUCCUCCAGCAUUAACAAGGUACCUGUUUAGGCACAAAACUAAAAAAUGCACCUAGUGGCUGCCUGUGCCAAUUUAGUGUGAGAUACAGGCUUUGUGUUGCGUCCCAAACCUCCCAGGGAUUGUUGCGUAACAGUGUAAAACAUUAUUUUCAUCAUGCAAUAAUUUAAAUAGUUACCAACAUAUUUACCUGAAUUCUGCCAAUUUUAAGAAAAUUUGGUUUUAAAUUGGCAUUCAUCUGUGAUCCUUCUGCUUCUCCUGCCAUUUUUUGUUUGCGCUUGUGUCCUGUCAUUCCCUCCUCACCUGACAUCGAUGGGACUUCUGGUUUUCUGUAGUGUUAGCAUUGCUGCUAUUUGUUUCGUAAAAAUUGGGGUCUCAAAGCAAAACCGGCCAACAACACAAAUUUCUGUUUUCCCUGAUCCUUUCAGCAGUUAAAGACUCAACACACAAGGAACUCGUUCUGCUUUAAACAGAUUUGGAGCAUCAGUUCAUCGUCGGGAUCUGAAAAAGAAACCAAUGUUAGAUCAGUGUUUCUAAUGGAAAAGGUGUGACCGUGGGGUUUUUGCCUUUCGAGGUGUUUGAAAAUCUGGCUGCAAAUCACCUUGCAUUGUCAGGAGUGUCAAACAACUGCGACUGCUUUGAGUAGGCAAUGGAAAUACCUUGUACUCCAUGGGUGAAAUACUUGUUUGUUUUUUUUUUUAAUUUAGCAAGAUAUUCAAUGUUGACGUUCACUCUCAGACAGCUCUGUCUCCUACCUGGGCUGUUUCUGCUUUCUCCAUACCGGUUUUAGGCACCUCUUCUUAUUUCUUGGGCAGUGGCUACGUGUCGGGCUGCUCAGAAAGCCUUUCCGUGAGCUUGUCGUAAUGUGGUUGUGCCGCCAUCUCUUUCCAAGCUGUGCUUUGAGCAGUGCCCAUCCAGCGAUGCGAGAUAACUGCUUGAAAAGCGCUGGGUUUUAAUUUUUUCUCCCAACUCCCAGAAGCUUCAUCUGUGUUGAAAGUUAAUUGGAUUUUCCUUCGUAACAUUUUUAUUGCAAGGUGAUCUGACAGUUCGGUGCAGGUAUAGCCAUAAAGCAGUGCCUCCCGUUCCGUGCAGGCUCUCGCACUGCUCUAAUCACUUGACACACGUAUCUGAGCGCCUUCCAGAAGCGCGUUUAAGCAUAUGACUAACAUCUGUCACACCGCAGUUGUUCUUUCUUUCAUCCUCUUCCUAUGGGAAAGGCUGAAUUUGCCAGUGCAGCCCUGGUAUUUUGAACAUAAAUUAAUUAUCCAUGCUGUUCGGCGAUGAUGUCCUACAGGGUGAGCUGAAGCACGUCUCACACCAGCAGCAGCAGCCCUGAUGGCAUCGCGGCCGGGAGCAAACCAGAGGACUCUCAGGCUCCUGGGUGGCCGGGUUUGACAUUGGCACCGAAGGCUUGCGUUGCACCGGAGGAGAGCUUUCCUCACCAGUCUUCAACCAGCUUUAAAUGCUGAGGGAGGUCAAGGAAUGUCGAGGAUUUAGCUAUGUUGCUCUGUGUCUGGGAACUAUCUGAUGUAGAAAGGUCAUCUCACCUCCCGAGGGCUUCGAGUGCAAACGCAGAGCCCGAGGCAGCCUGUGGGUUCAGGCAGAGGAAGGGUGAUGGAGGCUGGCAGGUUGAGCCGCGGCCUCAGCCCACCCCAGAUGGUGGUGCUGAACAUUUCGCAGGGCUUGUUUUAUUAGGCUUGUUUUAGUUAGGGCUUGUUUUAUUGUUUUAUGUAUUAUUUGUUUUAUUUAUUAGGACUGUAACCUGGUUGCAGUUAGAGCUACAAUAGCCUUUCCCAGCCGCCAGGCACAGAGCCCCCAGCCUGGGGUUUGGAAUACACAGCUCAAGUUGUCACGGUCAUUUCUCCUGGUGCUUCUCGAGAAAGUUUCUGUUGAUAAAUGUGGUCUAAAAUGUAAUCUGGCUUCAUUCUUUCCUGAAAUUUCACAGGCUGUUUCCUAUAUGUUUGCCCAUAAAGUCAGAGUAGCUCCUAACUUUUGCUGCCCUUCCCUUAUAAGACCUUAAUACCACAAACCAGCUCUAGCAGGCAGGGCAGGUGGCAUUCUAUCAUUUUAUUGACGUUUUAUUCUACACUCACACCAAAUACAUUUCCAGUCACCUCUGGUCUCCUGGCCUGACCUUUACUGGUGGCUUCUUGAUCUCUGCCAGGAGUAGCAACAUCAUUUUGUCCCACAUAUCUCAUGAAGUUUUAAGGAGUUUUCAAGUACUGCACUUGUGUUGAUGAAUGUGACAAGCGGAAAAGUUUUUAAAAUUGCGUGUUGUGAUCUGUAGUCAGCCCUGCCACUGUCACGUAAGUACAUCGUAUGUACGUGGUCAUAUACGUGAGACAUAUGUAAGAAGUCAAGAGAGCAGACAGCAAACCCUGUUAGACAAUAAUUAUGUAGUUAUGUUGUUGUGAUGUUGUGCUGCAGUGCGUAAUGUGGAAAUAAUCUAUGAUGAGGGCUUGAAAUAAUUCCUAGACUUCCCCUUGUCCUGGCAUCUGCCAGGCUGGAAAGACGUCCUGAUGUCCGUGGGCAAUGUGCUGCUGGGAAUCCCAGUCCCUGAGCUUUCCCCUGUGAAGGGCAUGGGUUUCUUAGCCCAUUUCUUGGGCCACGCUCCAUCUCCCAGCCAUGGAGGUAACUGAGAGUCAGUCCUUGUGUCGCUGAUUCCUACGGUGGGACAAGAAAAGGAUGCACCUUUCAGGCAGGUGGAGUCAGACUGGAAUUGCUCCUGUAAAGAUUUGCGAUCUCAUUCCCACAUGAUUGUGGGAUGCGGUUUGUCCACCUAGCAGCAGGAGCACGGAGAAGCCUUUCAGAUCCAGAAAGGCAGUGCCUCACCCACUCCUGUCUUACUUUUUUUGUUUGGGCAAAUCUAAAGGUUCAGCCCGGCCCCAUGCGUCGUUAGCCAGAAGAGCUGCCUGGGGCCCAGAGGGAAUAGGGAAUAGAUUUUGAAGCCUUGUGUAAAAUGCUUGGUAGUAAAAUUAUGGACUGCUGCGGUAAAAAUAGACAGAAGCAAGCAGUUUACAGUUGCUCUGGAUUAAAUGAAACUCACUGCGUAGUCAACAGAUGUAUUUCUGGUGGAGAGGCAUUCACGAUAGUUACAUUUUUUUUCUUCCAGAUUUUUGAACACUCCCAGGAUAUUUGUAGCACUGAUCAGAACAGAUAUUUGCAGCAGAACUGAGCUGCCUCUGCGGACAGUCUGUUUGGUGAGGUGCUGAUAAACUCAGAAGAGUUUGAAAGCUGUAGCAUUGCGCUGCUGCCAUCUUUCAAAGGGUUUUUCCCAGCUAGAGUUUGUGGUGGGGAUGAGCUGUCAUGGUCCAGACAACAGUUUGGCUUAGGUUCUCAUGAAGUUACGGGUUUUCAGAUAGACCCAUCUGGAAAGCUCUGUGAAGAGCUUUUUGAAGGGACAGGUCUCACAUAGCCAUGCUGUGUCCUCUGCCACGGUCUUACCCGGGUGCAGGUAGUAGAAUCACAGAAUAUCCUGAGUUGGAAGGGACCCACAAGGAUCAUUGAGUCCAACUCCUGGCACCACACAGCUCUACCCCAAAAUUCAGAGCUAUGACUAAGAGCACAGUCCCAACGCUUCUUGAACUCCGACAGGCUCGGUGCCGUGACUGCGUCCCUGGGGAGCCUGUUGCAGUGCGCGACAGCCCUCUCAGUGAAGAACCUCUUCCUGCUGUCCAGCCUGACCCUCCCCUGUCACAGCCUGACCCCAUGCCCUCGGGUCCUGUCACUGGAUAGCACUACAGAGAACAGAUCGGCGCCUGCCCCUCCACUGCCCCUCGUGAGGAAGCUGUAGGCCGCCAUGAGGCCUCCCCUCAGCCUCCUCUUUCCAGGCUGAACAGGCCCAGUGCCCUCAGCGCUCCUCAUACGCCUUCCCCUCUAGGCCCUUCACCAUCUUUGCAGCCCUUCUCUGGACACUCUCCAGCAGUUUCACGUCCUUUUUGUGCUGUGGUGCCCAGAACCGCACACAGUGCUCGAGGUGAGUAGGAAUAUCCUGUCUUUGGUGAGUUCCCACUACUGAGCACCUUGAAAGCCAACAGCAUUCGUUAAUGCCUCUGCAUAAUUGCCACCACACCGCAUGCCUCGGGAUGUCACCUAACGCUUGCGGUCACCGUGCUGAUGGCACCAACACGGCGGUGCCUGCAGUUCCCAGCACGCUGGCGUGGUUGAGCUGGAGGUGCUGAGCGGCCCCGUUUGUAGGCUAUCCCUUAGACUUCCCACACAGGUGGGUACACAAACGGUGUGCACACUGUGGCCGGAGGCUGCACGUCACAGCACUCCUCAGCAGGGGUUUGGGGCUGAUGGCCGUGGUCCUGUGAGCUCCAAAAGGAGCACAUUUACAGUGCUAAACGCCAGGGGAAGAGCGAAGCGCAAGGCCUAGCUCUAAAACUGUGUUCAGCUGCACCACUUAGGUGUUUUUAGCUUAUUUUCUACUCUCUGGCAAGUGAAUGUUGUCAAUCAGUGUGAAUUUAGCACAUCCAUCUCCCAUUCCCCUCCCCCUAAUCAUCAAAAGUGAUUUUAUUUUCAAGUCCUCUGAAGCCGCAGCGUGUCUCCUGUCGUGCGAUCGCUUUGCUUUCUCUCUGAGAUAUGAAAGGCUGCCAAGAGAAAGCCUUUUGCGGGGCCCAUCCCGGGCACUGUGUGCCCCUUGCUGCGGGUGGCAGUGACCUGCUGCGCCUGGGGGAAGUCCCAUUUCCUGCCAGCCCAGAGACUAUAGGCCAGGUUUUUAUGUUAACCUCCAAAUACCGAAGGCCCCAUAACGCCCCCAACCCGGCAGAAUUAGGAAAAAGGCUUUUUGGCUCAACCCUGUGCUUAGGGCGCCGAGAACAGGCACUGCGUGUGACAAGGUGAACCAAACCUCGCUCCUCUCAUCUCCGAGCACAACCUUUACACUGACAUUUUCUUCUUUUUGGCCAUGCCGCAGCAAAGCAAUGGUUACUUAGCCAUACAGCAACCCUUGCACAUUCCCUCUGUGACCAGUUCCCAUCUCGAGGAGGGUUGCACGGAGCAGUUACCUACGGCAGAUCUGAUCACGCACUCGCUGUAGACUCCCUGCUUCCCCGACUGCCAGCCUGCAGAAGCUUGCUUGUAGUCAGCAUAUAACAGCUUCCCCAGGGACGCGCCUUUCUGCGUCUACUACAAGUAUUGCUGUGAGCUUCAACUAUUGCUUCUUGCCACAACUUGAUGUUGUGCCUCGAUCCUCUGUUAUACGUAACCACAAUUUUGUUUCCCUGAACACAGAGGUAGCUGCAGUCUGGAAGUACGUGUUUUGAGCUGAACAUUGCCAGGAUUUCGUCUUCCCCUGGACGUUCAAAUCGGUCGCAGAAUCAUUGGAGUUGUUUCUUUCUCUGUGCUGAACAGCAAGUCACUUCCACGUCAGCUUGGGAAGCAGCCCGAGGGUUUGGUGUGGGUUAAUAAAUUCAGGUAGGUGGGAUGAGCACACAGAAAAGUGGGCGUGAAGACGUUGAGAUAAGAGCUGAGCAUCUGCCAACCUUCUGUCCACUCUCUCCUGGUCCUGUGCUGGCUUUGGCUGCUGCAGCGGGUGGCAAGGCAGGGAGCCACCAGGAUGAGGGACCUUCAGAGCCUGCAUGUGGGACCUGGGGCGAGAUGGCAGCAUGGGGAAGGCAUUCUGGCUGGGAUCAAGAGCAUAAAAGGUGAGAAUGGACCAAAGGAGGAGCUGCACUGUACGUUCACAGGAGACUGCCCCUUCACCACGGCAUUUUGUGAGUUCCUCUGCCAACAGCCCUGCUGCUGGUGACCAGGACAAAAAGUAGGAGGCAAGUGCUCCUGAAACACAAGAUUGUGUCAAGCUGGUGAGCAAAGAACAGCCACGCAGCCCCAGGAGGCCCUCAGUCGCUGCCAGCUGGCUGCAGACACCUGAGCCAGGCAAGAGACCACCUCCCACGUGCACUGGAUAUCAUGAUAUAACUGCAAAGGUGGGACAAAAAAAGCUCUGUUCUGGGUACCAUGGGAGCCCAACUAAUUUAGCCUUCCCUCGUUGUCUUCUGGGGCUCUUACUCUUGCCUAGCACCUGAGGAAGGCGGCCACUCUGGAGAGCAUACGAAUAUUUCUGUCCUUGGGAUUGGAGUGUGCCAGCACGCAGCCAGUGCGUGGGCUUCCUGCAUCCCCUGUGCUCAGUAACAACAUUUCCUGCUUACACUGGCACAGGUAUCCCUCGGCACCAUGGAGGGUGACCCUUUGGGUUAACAAGUGAUAGGUUUCUUCUGGCUGUCUUACUUAAAAAAACGAAGGAAAAAAAAAGAAAAAAAAAGAGAAGGUGCUGCAGGGAAUGCAACUCCAAACCUGGAAAUAGAAACAGUCAUUUUUGCAGGCUAAGCUGUAAAGGAGAUGUCAUCAUGUCCAAAGUGUUAGCCCCACAAAGAAGAACAGAAAAGCUAGAGGAGCAGGGUCUUUAAAUAUUGGUAAGAGGUAAGAGAGACACAGCUCUUCUGGCCCUUCAGUGCCGCGGGAUGAGGAAGAAAAACCAUGACUUGGGGCAUCCUCUCACCCUCCUCGCCCUCGUAGGCUCUCGACAGUGCGAAGUUCACCCUCCUCUGUGCUGCUACAUUAGACUCCAUGUCCACAAGUUUCUGUGACACAGAAAGCCCAAACUUGUCUGUGUGUCAUGGUUUUUUCAGACUCUAUUAAUUUUAGUUUUUUACUGCAAUGGACUUUUUUUAACUGCUCACUAGAGCUCACUUUUUCCUCUCCCUCUUAAAAUGGAGGGAAAAAAUGCAGAAAAACUUAGCAAAAAUGCCCACGCUUGCUUUCAGAGCCUGAGAGGUGCACCAGGUUAACACCUGAGGGCGGGUUUGCCACUGCAGCAUUUGGGCAUUGAGGUGAGCACAGCAGCUGCAGUGACAGCCUGGCUCUUUGUCCAGGCUGAGACCCUGCAGCAGCCCUUGAGCUGUUGCCACAUGCCCCAGGGCUGCUCUCUGCAGCUGUUCAACCCCUGUGCCAACCUCUUCCCCUCCACAAAGCCAAGGCUGAAGGUGCUGUGCACGAGAGGACAAGCAGGAGGCUACAGCAUGGGUAUUUUUCACUUGCUUCAGGCUUAGGCACCAGCCUUCUCCUGGAUUUUAGUCUUCCAGGAACCUGUUCUGCUGUCAUGCUUGCCAGUACUUUGACCUUCCACCAAAGGUAUCCCAGCUUUCUAGCCAAACAGCUGAUUUAUUUUUAUUUAUUUUUAUUUUUUAAGAAGAAAAAUCAAUAGUUGGGUGCUAGCAAAUCCUAGAGUUCUCUUUUAGCAGUGUAGGAAUUUUCUCCCUCUCCCUUGAAUUUUGUAUGAAUGCAGAUACUAAUGUGAAAAAAGAGUUGUAAUAUCAGGAAAGGAGAGAUCAGAACAAAGCGUUCCUCUGGAUAGACUUUGAUGCAAUUUUAAGCUGCUUGUAGAAGAUUGGCUGGGAAGGUAAACUGAUUUGGGCUGAAAAAGCUAGUGCCAUUAAACUAUAUUAAGGAUGCUUUAGUAGAUGGUCCAAAAUAGCUUUUUUGUCACCUCUGACAUCCAGGAAAGAUAAACAGAUUUUUGGUCUUAGAUUGAAGGUGUGAUUUUUGCUGGAAGAAAUUUACGUUCUUUAGUAACCAUCCUGGGAUGACAUUUAAUGCCAAAAAUAUUGCAUGGAAACCUAAGGAAAACAAAACACAUCUGAAUCUACACCGGGCGAGCAUUUGCGGAGCCAGGCAGGCACACGGCGUUGGGGUUAGGUGUGAGCUGUAAGCUGCCUUCCUGGCCACCCCGGGGCUCGGUCCAUGCCUGGAGAGACCCCCGGACCUCCUCGCACUCUCCUGCAUCCCGCCAGCGCUGCGACGUCAGUACUAGGUGAGAACCUGAGUUUUGGGGGUCAUUGGCUCUUGAUGCAGUCCUCGGUCACCAGCUGUUGUCAGAGCUGCAGUGGCAUUUUGUACAAAAAAUAAAAUAUACAUAAAUAUUGGUUCCUGGUUGAAUUUCAAGUAAAAGGAUUUUCUGCCAACUGACCCCACGCUGUUCCAGCUGUACCUUAUCCUCCUUUCUUUUCCCCUGGCAGUUCCUCACUGCCCAACAAGCAAAGCGAUUUCCAUACAACCUCCACCUUACUCGUAAGCGUGCAUUACGGACCUGAACUGGUGGUAAUAAAACUCUUUGCUUUCGUGGUGCGGUCCCAGUGGUGCAAUGUUCCUGCUGGCAGGCAUGUGGUUACACCAGCGCAGCGUGCCAGCGGUCUCCUGCUGCCCCCAGCUUCUCAGGAACGUGUUUCGUAGUGCUGGACCCAGGUAGCUGUGGCCACAAGGUCCCCAUGAAUGAAUUCAUCCUGUAUGUAUCAUUCCCCUGGGUGCACAUCCAGCCUUGGCUGUUUGGUCAGGAUAGCAUCCUGGUGGUCGAGGAGCAGCCACUGCCAGGGCAGGACUGGCUUUCUUGGCUGUGACCUGGAUUUGUCCCUGUCCCUGUGCAACCGUCUCACCAUGAAAUUUUGGCUACAGGUUCUUUGUUUCCCACUGCUCUGCAUGCCUGCUGCUUGGUUUUCUUCGCCCCUUUCUGAACGACUGAACGUUCGUGGCUCCAUACAUACGUUGUGUUUUUUUUUUUCUUUCACUGUACACAAAAAAAAGGGCACGUUUGUUGUCAUCCCACAUAGUGGGUAUUUUCAUGCAGAGAAAAAAAAAAAAAAAAAGAUGCUUCUCGUCCAGAUUUAAGUAAAAUUUCUGCAAAAAGCAGGAAGUGUAAAAGCCAGCUGCAGUUUGGGAAUAUUGUUUCGUUUUACACAUCACCGAUGCUUUUAUUGAAAGCAUUUUUUCACUUGCACAGAAUUUAAAGGCUGUAUGAUUCUCCUGCUGAAAAGCAUGCAUUUCAAAGCACGAGUUUGGAAGUGUUUUUAUGGUCCAGUGGGUUGCAUUAGACCCACAGCUGGUAUGAGUUGAACUGGACACAGCUUCCCGUAGCUGAGGCUUGUAACAUUUGCUUUCCAAGCACCGGUGUGAAGGCAGAGAGCGUUUGGGCUGGAAUCAGGCUACUUCCAUACAGGUUGGUGCGGGCUCAUUUCAGCACAUCUCGUUCCUCGGGCACCAUCCCAGAGCCUCCGGGAAUUUUCCAGGCACAGGAUCCAGGGAGCUGUAGUAGUACAUAUCUGCAUCUGUGUCUUUUUUUGGGAGGUGAUAACGCAGCCUUUUUAUGGAGAAUGCCAUUUUGUAAAUAAGCUCCUUCGCGAGCACCACCGCUAGGACUACAAAAGAUGGAUGAUUAUUUCUUCCCGGAAUUGGUUUUCCGCUGCGGGAUCUGUUUUUUGUUGUGAUAAUUUGCAUAUAAUUAAAAAUGGCCCCAUGUCUUCAGUCUGCAUUAUGCCUGUGGUACUGAGCAAUCUUGGAUCGCGUUUUGCUCUGCAGUGUGCUGUGUCUGGGAAUCACUUUAUUCACCGCUGAAAAUCAGCAUUUAAUUGUGGCAUACGGAAUAUCUGCAGGCUUUGAUGCAGCGAAAGCCUCUGCCUCCAAAAAUAAAACGUUGCCUCUCAUAAACUUUCAAAUGAGUUGUUUUUGGAGGCUGGAAAAGUUGCCAAGAAAAUUUGCAUGAAAAUCUAGCGCGCCGGCUAAAGCAUGAUUCUGCUCAAGCCUUUAACAUCCAGGUCUGGGCGGCGCUCAGGUAGGGCCAUGGGCUACCGUGAUCUCCUGUGCCACCCCAGCUCGGUGCCAAAAGCCCCAGCAGUCUGUUUGCUUUCCUGCCUGCUUGCAGAGAUCCCAGAAGGACGGCGGUGCUGCUCUGCCAGGUUAGCGGUGAGCCGGGCCCAGCAGGCAGCCCGCCUGCUGCUUGUCUCGGGGAAAACAGGGAAUAGCUUUGCUUGUCAGAAAUCAGAUGCAGCUGCCAUCCCGGUGGAGGCGAAAUCACCAGGAAUCACAGUCCUAAGUAAGGAUCUCUCUCACAGGCAGUAAAAAUACAACACGGUAUGAAAACCUUGGGAGAGCAGUGUUGGAAACUGCCCUCCAAUUUGACACAGUUUCCUUGCUUUAGAUUUAUUAUCCAGUGAUCAUCAUCUGCCAAAAAUCCUUACAGUCAGAAGAGAGAAGAAAUUCAGAGGGAGCAAAGGAGCAAUUUCGGUACUGUACCUUUCAUGCUGGCAAAUUUUCAGUACCUAUGAUGUUUAGUUUUGGUCCCAGCAUUGAGAUCAACAUUACUGAAAGCAAAUUAUCCAUCUACCUACGUACAGAAAACAGUAUCACAGGUUUGCAGCUGUACCUGAAACAUCUCACCAUGGAUGCAAGCUGUGUUUCCCCUCAUUUUCACGACCCAGGAGUGUUUUGCAAAACACAGAAAGCACUGCCAGACACAGGCAGUAGCUUCUGGCUGCAAAGUGGAUGCUUCUGCUUCAAAAAGAGCUUUCUCCAUAAAAAGCUUUGCACUUUGUGAGCACUGGGCACUGUGUGAGCAUUUCCCAGCUCACUGGGAGCUACCUCCAGUCCAUGGCACAGACUGGGACCAAAGCAGACCUCGUGCCCUUGUGGCUGAGCUGGGAGCUUGCCUCCAGUGAGUAGGGCUGUUGCCUCCUUAUUAACAGUAUGCAUGUAAGGAUUUUUUCCCUGUUGCAAAGAUAUUAAGUGUAUCAGGACUACUCCAUACUGAGGUGAGCAGCUCGGGUCCUGUGAGCAGGAGGUUGGGCUGGAGACCCCCAGGUGUCCCUCCUAGCCCGAGUCCUGCUGCGAGUCUUCCUUAUCCACCCCAAGGAUGAGCCAGACAACAGGUGACACGGUGCUGCCACCGCUUCCCCUCUCCUCCAGCAUCCUUCUCCAAGCUGGCAGAUCCUUUAUGUUCCCGAGGUCCUGCUGCUCCAGCUCCCCACUCCUCCUCUCUUACCUCCCUCGCUUUACCGAGGGUCCUUGUCGGUCUGCCCUAGGUUGUCUGGGCUUUCAGCCCCACACUGUCAUUCGCAGGGAACAAAAAAGCCAACAGCUGGAAGGGAAGAAGCAGCAGCCAGCACGAAGCAUGUCUUGGGUGUCUCGAGAGAAGAAAGGGCAGCACCUGACCUCUGUCAGGGAGAGCCCUGCUUGCCCAGGCUCCUUCCUGCGUGUCUCAUAUCCUCACAGCUCUGUGGUGGGAUGUGCUGGACUGUGUGAAGGCGAUACCUGCUUGUGCACAGUCCUCCUCGGGGGGGUUGCUUCACGGAAAUGAAGACGGGACGUUGGGAACGUCGGCGCUCACUGGGCGGCUUUCAUUGUCUUGUCCUUGCACUACUUGUCCUUUCACUGCUAGGGUGGUUAGGAGAAAAAGACGGCUUGAUGCACAGUCAGAAAGCUCAGAAACAAAAACAGACCCACCGAGAAAUACGUAAAUAGGCUAACUGUAAGAUAGCGUGUAAAAGGAGGCAGUCUGCAGCGUGACUCCUCUGUAAACUGCAUGAUCGCGUUGGCGAGGCCUGCUGCAGCCGCGCAGCAGGCUUCCCAGGGUUGCUUUUGCUAGACUUUGAGUAUCAUAGUUGCAAAGACUCGUAAAUGUUCUAAGAGACUCUUGGUUUUCUUUUUUCGUAAGCUGUGGCCAUUUGCUUUCUGAAUCGGUUCGUGGUGAUGGAGUUAAUGGAGCUGUUCUUUAUCGUAACCUAAAAGGUGUCAGUCGUUUGCCUGUCUGUGUUCACAAGCUGACCAGUAGCAUUAUGCAUCUCUCAGAUGGUGUGAUUUGAAGCACUUUUGGUGUGGCAUGUACAGUCGCAGUGCCGUCUGGUUUUGAUUUCAUCCCCAGCUCUCACACACACGUGCUACCCACGUUUCGGACACCGAACCAAACCAACUUUAAAACUAGCACUUUAAGUACUAGUAGUCACUUUGUUCCUGACUAUACUGAGCACUGCACUUUUGUAAGUACUAUUAGCACCGAGUUUCGAAACGUUUAUUUUCCCCAGUCCAUUUAGCCUCUCACGCGCGGUGUUAAUUACUUAGGGGCCAUCAGAAGAUAAUUUCGAGGUGUAUGUGACCGCUGUCUGGUGCCUGAUUUCCAUUCCAUAUCUCUUAGCGAUUUUGUAAGUUAGGGAAAUGAAACUGUCAAAGCUUUUUGUACCUAAUAGACCGAACAUCUAAAUCACUGACACCCAGGCAGACGUGGUUGUUGUAAACUUUGAGGUCAUCCGGAGAACCAAGCGCAUGGCUUUUAAAAACACCAAAGAUAUAGGAGAAGUCUCAAAAGGGAUUGGGAUAGUGCAAGGUGAUGUAAUUUACACUUGGAUUUGCGUGGACGGCAGGAUGUGAAGCGGAACCGGAGUUAGGAGUGUAUGGGAGAUAAUUUCGGGUUUGGCACGAGAACCUGAUCUGCACUGGCAGGUUGGGUCCGUGAGGAAGCGAAGUUAAAUCCGCCCGCAGGUGCGGGCAUCAAUAGCGACGGCGCUCAAGCCAUUGCAAUAAAAGCCAUCAUUGUGCCUGUACUGAGAGUGCUGUUGGGAUUGAUUGUGGGCUGAAACUACAAAGGGUAUUCUUAAGUGAAAGACUUGCAGAUGAUUUAGAAGAUGGAGCAUAAUAACCACUGGGCUUUUUGUUGGGUUUCUAGAGCGUUGUUAGGAGUUUAGCAGGUCGCGUGGUAGGAAGCCGUGUCAAUGUGCUUCCCUAUCCUUGUAAAAUUCCUGCAAUAUUUCGGUAUGGCUGGUGUGGGACCUGAGCUCCCUCUCCAGCAAGAAAUCACCAGGGUAGAGUUUGUCCCAAAUGGCAAAGACGGUCAUAAUUCACUAGGAUCUCAACCUGGUUGCUGAUCCUCAGGAUGCAGAACAUUCCAGGCCUUGAAAUCCCAAACCACACCCUCUCAACUCAGUGACAGCAUUUUGCUUCUCAGAAAGCCCUCACAGGUUUUCCACAGCCACCAAUGGUGCUGGCAAGGAUGCUGCCGUUCCCUCCCAGGAGGUAUCCACCCCUGGAGCCCCAGUCAUCCCUGGUGACGAGCUGGGAGUCCAUCCGAGUCCCUCCUUGGCAGUGCUUCCUGAUGGGACUUUCUCCCCGUGGAUAUGGGGUGGAUAAGCCCCACUGCCAGAGCAGUCAAUUGCAUGAUUUGGAUGGAGAGAAGCAAGUUAGGUCUUCUCCUUCACUGCCAGCAAGCAGCUCUUGGUGGAAAUAACCUCUAGAGGAUAAUAAU